AUGUCACUCCAAGGGUGUGCGCCACUUUCAAGUAGUCUGUAUAUGACUAAGCGCGCAAAGCUCUCUGAUUCCUUGAUUAAGAAUAGAGGGCGCAAUGAUUCAACAGUGCCUACAAAUGUUCGUGGUGACAUCACCUACGCCUCUAACCGUUUCCGCCUGAGUGCUUCAGUCGCACCUAAAUCUGAGGAUUUCGAGUUACGUCGAGCUUUGGUUGAGCUUGCACUUAGGAAGCUAAAACUAUCACCACUGGAUCCAGAUGGUGAUGAACAUAGACCUUCCAGCAGAGAUGGGCUUGAUGAAGGGUUAAAAUAUCUAUCUCAUCAACGAUGUCUCAGGGAUGUAAAAAACCGUAUUGAUGUAGAACGUAUGAUAUCUGGACCUAAAAUCAGAUCUACAGCAGUUAUGGGAAGAUUAGAUGAUAUAUAUGCUCUGCUCGACCCGGAAAGUCCCCGUAAAGCUAAAAGUAUAAUGUCUAAACGUGUUGCUACAGGUACCCAUGGUAUUGAGACUUCGGUAGGCCCUCUUAGCGCCAACGAGGUUGCACACUUGCUAUUGUUAGCUCAAAAGCUACAGGAUACUAGCCUAUUGGAUGAUACUUUGGAAAGGAACAUUGAGAUGUCUGCCAACGUAUGGAAACAAACUGGUAAAGUAUCAAAUGUGGUGGGUACAGCUGUUGUCAUGGGCCUUUAUGAGGGUAAACUAGCUCAAUGUCCUACCUGUGGGUUAAGAUUUAGUACACAUGAUGCUAGAUAUCGUCAUGCCACAUCGCAUGACGGGGGCAGACGUGAAGUUCUCUGGUCAACCAUGGAUGAAUGGGUAACCAAACCCGUCCCUCGUAGUACCGUGAGGAUUGGUCAAAAGGCGGUUGUAACAGUGCAAAGUCUUACCGAGAUGUUGAAGCAUAUAGAUGAAACCGCAUCUGGGAACAUCAAGUGGCUGGCCAGCGUCAUAUUUUCUAAAAGGGAGGCUAUUUCUGCCAAUACCGAUGUCGUUAUGGACUCUGAACCCUCUGCGGAGCAUCAGAAAGAGUCAGAGAGUGAUUUUACUGGAGGUUCGAAUGAUGCACUAAGGUUGCUAUGGUCAUGGGGGACGAUGACCGACUGCACAGACCCCCCAAUGAUGUCAAUUAAAAACAAAGGUCCUGGAAUUAUAGGUGUAGAUUGUGACUUGCAUUUACUCAUGGAAACAUGGCAUAAAGCAGGAUUUAACAUAUCAAGAUUCACAGAAAAUAUACCGUUCCCAUUAAAUUAUGCUGACCUUACCCGCAAGACCUGUGCUAUAUGUUACGAAACGUUGUCAACUGAAUUCAAUAUUACCUAUAAUUGUUCUGUGUACUCCGAUGCAGUCUGUUUUAAGAUUGACAGCAAGUAUUUGAGAAAGGCUUUCCAAGAUGAACAUGUCUCUUGUAGGAUGCUACUUGGUACAACAGGACUAGGUGACACAACCAAUGCGUUUCUGGUCCUCCGUAAACUUGCUGGUAUAACGUUACUUAAAUCCGCUUUACGGUCUCGCAGACGUCUGGAGUUUGCAGAUUGGUCUUUUAAAGGUGAUGUUGCAAUUAUCGAGGAUAAAAAUGUAAUACCCGAACGCAAGGGUCUAUGGACAGAUAGCCAUAAGCUCAUGGAGGAACUGGUUAACAACUGGAAAGGUCCAUUUUGCGUUCACGGUGACGCUAAAGGUGUCCCCAAUGGUCUAAUGUACGGACAUAGACAAUGUAUGAGAUUUGUAAUCAAUGCACAUGUCAGAAGGGCCAAUGAGCUUCUAGUUGAUGUACCCUUUCCACAGGGUAUGGUAUCACUUAAGUUGGUAUAG